UAAAGUUAUGAAUUGCCAGCUUAGUUUUAUUCAACACCUAAACAAAGCACUACACACUACAUAUAUUUAACCCAUUAAAUUUACAUGCCUGGAUGGAAUGGGACAAACUUGUUUCCACAAAUUCACCAAGAUUCGUUUGGUCCCAUGCAGUGCUGAGUCGCAUACGGAGUUCUGGGCGAAAAAGUAUGUCGCCGUGUGCCCUCAUUCUCCAGAAGUGCAAAAUUAGGAAAAAAGUUGGAUUAAGUGACAAAAAAUUUUGAAAGUGAGGUCAAUUUGUUCCAAGAUUUAUGGGGACGGAUCGUCAAACUGGGAGCGGAAUGGAUUUAGCAGCGGGUAUCGGAUCCAUAAUAGGAUUGGCGAUUUUAUUCUUCAUCCUCGGCCUGCUCUGUUACUGUUUGUGCUGCAUAGUUGCCAAAAAGGAAGGAGCGAAAGAUGAGGAGAGUGAAGCCUGGACCGCGAAGAAUUACUACGACCCUCUUCCAACCGCGAUUUCCCCACCGGAAGCUAUUUUCCAACCCUCGCUGUAUUCCUUUAAAAUUCUGAAUGGGGCUCAUCCCAACCACAUCCCGCACGCCGUUAUCAAUCCCGCAGUGCUGCAAUACCCACCCGGUCACGUUUUAGAGGACAGAACAAACUAUUCAUCCCAGCCGCAUCCCAGUCGAAGCUACAGCAGGUCAUCGUCCAAAGUCUCCCCCACGAAUAUACCCCUCGUUCAGUCCGACGUGGAGGAAGUUGUGCACACCACCGGAAAUAAGAGGAAUGGAUAUGCGGGCCGGCAGGGUUGGUCCCCGUCAUGAAAAAUCAUCCUCUGUUCCACGGAGCUUAAACAAACACUGACUUUGCAAACUGUCUAUCAAAGAUUUCAAAUAAUAGAAUCAUUAUGGAACGAAGUGACCUUUAAAAUAAUCCUUCAAAUAAAAAAAAAUAAAUUUUCA